CUCUCAGGAAGAGAGGAGUGGGUUAGAGUUAAGCUCUAAUCCAGAUGUGUGUGGCUGGGUGGACCAGUGCAGACUCAGCUAGGGUCCCACCUCUCUAAAACAGACCCAACUCUCCUCCAUCACUCCUAACACAGACCUAGUGCUGCUUGGUUUACCUCAGAGCGUCACAACAAGACUAAACACAGACUGGAUACCUCACUCCUCGACCAAACUGGUGUCUUAUUGUCGACUGUGAACACUGCUGUCAACCAACUUUUUCUUGGAGGAAUUUCCAGGUCGGAUGAUGGCGUGAGAGACCUGCCAUGGCUGCUGAGGGUGUCACUGUCCUGGCUCCCUGGCUGAGACUGAGGGCAGUGCUGUUAUUGCUGGUGCUGCUCCUCUCUCCGCUGGCCCUGUGUGCCCCAUGCCCCAGAGGCUGCAGCUGCCCUGGCAUCAAGGAGGUACACUGCACCUUCCGCCACCUCACCUCUGCCCCACGUAACCUGCCCAAGGACACAGAGAGGGUUAACCUGGGCUAUAACAGCCUCCAGGCCGUGGGGGGGUCAGAGUUCACACAACUCCGCCAGCUGGAGAUGCUUAUGCUCCAUGGGAAUGAUAUCACGACCGUGUCUCCAGGAGCAUUUUACAGCCUGCGCUCUCUGCAGAUUCUGAAGCUGAGCUACAACAAGCUGGAGGCCAUCACCCCUGGUAUGUUUGAGGGCUUGGUCAGCCUGGUGCGACUCCACCUGGACCGCAACAACAUAGACUUCAUCGAGCCGUACACCUUCAGUGGGCUAACAUCAUUAAAACUCCUACAGCUAGAGGGCAACAAGCUGAGGGACCUCCACCCACACAGCUUCAUCACCCUCUCUCUCCUGGGGAACUUCUGGAGCUCUGGGCUGCGUCACCUCCACCUGUCGGACAACCAGCUGCACUACCUCCAGCCUGGGACCCUGAUGCCCCUCAGCAAACUGGAGCUGCUCUCCCUGCAUGGCAACCCUUGGACCUGUGACUGCCAUCUCCAGUGGCUGCUAGAGUGGAACAACAAACAUGAGGGAGUGAUUAAGUGUAAGAAGGAGCGGGACGCUGCCUCUGGUGAGAGCUGUGCUGUCUGCUCCUCACCUCAGUCCUUAAAUGGCAGCCAGGUCCUGGGACUGUCUGCUGGCCAGCUGGUCUGUGAGCGGCCCACUCUGGUGUCCGAUCUGAAGCAGUGGGACAGCCCCGGCUGGGACGAUGCGGACUCAGAGCCCGACCUGCCCUACACCAGGGACCUGGAACGUCCCCUGGGCCACCUCACAUUCGUCCUGACCGACAACCACGGGAACAAAGCACACGUGGCCUGCGAUGUCCGGCGGCCCAGCGAGAGCUCCUCCGUGACAUGGGAGAACCUGCGGACGUCCGGAGAGGUGGCGGUCAACGUGAGCCUGGUCAGCCUGCUGGAGUGUGAGAUCGACCGGGACGCUCUGCAGAACCUCUGGAGGCUGGUGGCCUACUACUACGAGAGCCCUGCUCUCUUGGAGAGGGGGAUGAGGAGGGAGAACACCAGCAGAGUCACGUUUCAGUACUCCCAGGGACACAACGAGGAAUCCCCUUACUUUACAGAUCUCAAAGGACACUUAAUGGCUGAACCGACGUGGCUCCUCCAACCAAAGGUCACCCUGCAGCUGAACAGACGGCAAACCACCACGAAAAAACUGGUGCUGGACUUUACCACAUUCAUCUCCAAGCACAUCAGUGGUAGGGGAGAGCAGGAGGAUGUGACUUCCUCCUGGGCCCUAAUAAAGAGAGGAAGCCCUGGGAGAGUUCAAUCUGUGCUGGAGGGUUCAGAGGUCAGUCUGGGGUGUACAGUUAUCAGUUCAGGGUCACAGUCUGUGGAGUGGAUGCUCCCAGAUCUAUCUAUCCUGGAAGAAUCUAAUUCCCGGCUGGUGUCUGAGGGAGGCAGACUGGUCAUUGGAAAUGCUAGUGUGUCUGACUCUGGGCUGUAUCACUGUCUAGUCCGCACAGAGACUGAUGUGGACAUGGUGCCUGUGAGGUUGACAGUGAAAGAACGCCUGCUCAGUCCGAACACUCUAAAUGGGAAGAAGAUGGAAGUGGAGAGCGGGGAGUCCCUCUCACUCCCCUGCUAUGUGAACUCAGCACAGCCUAGCGAGACACGCUGGUACCUCCCUAAAAAUCAGAUCCUACAACCGUCGCAGCCAAAGGGGAGGGUCUAUGUCAAUCAAAAUGGAUCCCUGGUGAUCAAAAAGACAACUCAUGAGGACGCUGGGGAGUACAGCUGUUUGGCUGCUAACCUCUAUGGAGUAGACAUGUUGGCUCAUCUCGUGGUCGUCACAGGGGAGAAAGACUCGGAUGCAAAAGAAGAGGUUGAGAAAGAAUCACCUGGUGUUGAAACAGCCAGGGGAGAAUCACCUUUGUUUGGGAGUAAGGAGGAUGAAGGUGAGGGGUCAGGGUUCCAGGAGAUAAAAGGCCCCCAUGCUACACAGUCUCCUAAGAGGGUGGGUGGACAACAGAGGUACCCUGGAGGGUUUUUACGCCCUGGUAUGAAAGGGAAGAGGAUCAAGGAUAACAAGAGGAAACCUAAUAAGUCUGUCAAGGAGCUCGACCCCAACCGCUGGGCUGAGAUCCUAGCCAAAGCUAAUGCUAAACCUCCGACACUACCGCCUACAAGACCACCACCAACUACACCAACAACAAAAACAGCAACGACAAUGACAGCCAAAACCACUACUACUACUCCUAAACCCACUACUACUACUACUACCACUACUACCACUACUACUCCUAAACCCACUACUACUACUCCUACUACCACUCCUACUACCACUACCAUGAGAAAAACUACAACAACCACAACAACUACUACUGUUCCCCCUUCAACUACCAGAACAACCACAACUAAAAAGCCCACCAAGAGCCAUUCUAAAACAAGUCACCAUGCAGAAACAGAAGGUGAAUUGGACUUUUCCGAAAAGCAACCUGAACCUUUACAUCCUCCACCUAGAAAACAUGUGACACAGGCCCCAAGAGGGAAAGCAUUACUUGUGAACCAUGGUAGAGGAGGAGGUCCAAACCCAGAUUCAGACUCGGUCAUAAAUCUGUCUAUUACAGAAGCUCCUCAAUCCGUCACACAACCAAUGCAUCUAGAAGACAAGCAUGUGGGGAGGGAGAGAGAGAGAGUGAACCAGAAGAACAAUCCUAUUUGGACAAACAGACGAAGACCCCCUUACAGACGGGGCAGACCCCCACAGAGACGGGUUCGACCUCAGAAACCCUCCCUCCCCUCAUCACACAAACCACAGACGACACUCCCUCAACCCGCAACAAGAGUGGAAAAACAAGAAUCUACUGCAUCGCAAAACGACAAUUCUAAAAUGGAGGACAAUAUUACAGAACACAUACCCACUAUUUCAACACAUGAUAACAAUGAGCCUGUUGAUCCGAUCAUUAAUCCCAACACUGCUACAGACAAAUCAGAUAGCAUUCACAUAAAAUCAUUAACACCAGAGAUGAAAGACCUUAGUAUAGUUAACCUUUCAAACAGAGAGCAUGUGCCUACACCAGAGACAAUCACCUCAGCAGAAAAUCUACCUCCCCCAACUGAGGUGCCUGGACAGGAGAGGACAUGGGAGAACUUAAAAAAACAGGAUGUUAUUAGACAGACUACCCAAAACAGGCAAACAUCCCCAACAACAAAGCACACUCAUAUUAAUUAUAACAUUAAUUUAAAACCUAAUUUGUCACAUGAUACGGUUGCUAUGGCAACACCCAUACUGACUAAACUUGACGAUUCAGAUAAAGGAGCUGCAAAGCCAGAAACCCCUUUAACAAAAGUACAUUUUCUAAAUCCAACUCCUAAAAAAUCACAAGAUAAGACACAAACACAUUUGAGAACCGUUGCAAAAGGCAGUGUUGCUCGGGAGGAUUUUCUGAGGAACACACACAGAAACUCAUAUAAAAAGGAGGAGGAUCACUCUCAAAUGAAACCUGACAGUCCCAGUCUCCCCAUCCACCCCUGGAUCUACCAACAGAAUGUCCAAAUGAGAGUUCAAACCACCCCUCCACCCCGCGCUCCCACCCCCUAUUGGCCUUAUAGCCGCUUACAAGUGUGGCCCUCAGUUCAUGGUUCAGGGCCACAUCCUUUCUUUACGGAGAGGCCCAUGCUUUUCCCCCACCCAGGGGGCCAGGGAGUUGGGGUCACCAAUCGACCAGAAAUCACAGCUGAGACUGUCAGGCCCACAGCGUUCAUCUCUGCUUCACCGGGCAGUGGCAUGGCAGCCCCGCUGACCUACCACCCACCCCACAGGAGCCCAGGCCCAGCCAGCAGGACCCGACAGCAGGACCUCUUAAUGCUCUCCAAGCUCAGAAACAGAUACAGACAGGCUCAGCUGGACCGUAUUUCACAGCUAGGGAAGAGAGUGACAACUAAGCCCAAGAUCAGUCACCCUACACCUAGACCUCACUACCAGCCUCCCACUCAGUCAUACAACUACUGGCCUGUGCCCCCCACCACCUCCCUCCCCGUGCCCACCAACAGGCCCUACUCUACAGCCAGUGUCCUGUACGGCAGCCGCUGGCACUACAGCCACUGGGGCCAGAGGAGGCUGAGCACGGCCCUGCCAUUCCCCAACUUGAUGGGUAGUGGGGUGAAGCCUAGGAUCAGCUCUGUGAACACAGUCAGUGUGUCUGCCCUGGCUGAGGGUGAUGUGCUGCUGCCCUGUGAAGCAUCAGGAGACCCACAGCCAGCGCUCUCCUGGACUAAAGUCUCCACAGGUGCUACCGUCCAAGCAAACACAAAACACGGACAGAGAUUUGAAGUUGUAAAGAACGGCACCUUUGUGAUUAAAAACAUUCAGCUACAGGACAGAGGCCAGUACCUCUGCACGGCACAAAACACAUUUGGCUCGGACCGAAUGGUCAUUACCUUGGCUGUGCUGACCCAGCCUCCCAAAAUCAUAGGUCCCCACUCCAGAGAGGUCCCAGUGUAUUUGGGGAAGGCUAUAAGCUUAGACUGUGUAGCCUCUGGCAAGCCCCAGGCUCAGAUCUCCUGGAUUCUUCCAGACAGGACCUUUGUGCGUGAUGUGGGAGCUCUUGACAGGUCAGCCUCUCUGCUGGCUAACGGCACCCUGAGGAUCCAAUCAGCUAACUUCUCCAGUAAAGGCGACUAUAGGUGUAUCGCUAGCAAUGCGGCCGGAGCUGACACAGUGACUUUUCACAUCCACGUGGCAGCUCCGCCCACCAUCAAUGAGGAGGCCUCGGAGAGCAUUGUCAUCCAGGAAGGGAGAAGUGUGUACGUCCACUGCACUGCCAAGGGAGAGCCUGCGCCCGUGCUAAAGUGGACCCUCCCUGCAGGGGUACAUGUCAAACCCUCCCAGAUCCUCGGCAGGAGACUGUUUGUCUUCCCCAAUGGGACGCUGUACAUCAAGAACAUCUCUCCGGAAGACUCGGGGAGGUAUGAGUGCUCUGUGACCAACGCAGUGGGCGCGGCCAGGAGAGUUCUGUACCUGAAGGCCAGGCAGGAGGUCCCCAGCCUGCGACUGUCACACCACCCCUCCCAACAGCACAGAGUCACAGCCAUGUAUGGCUCCACUGUGUACCUGCACUGUCCAGAGUCCACUGGCACUCCCCGUGGCACUCUGUGGCAGCUACCAUCCAAAACAUUGCUGGAACAUCGCUACAGCCCUGAGAGACCGGUCACCGUGUUCUCCAAUGGGACCUUACGGAUCCUGCAGCUGACUGAAAAAGACGGAGGUAGCUACCUGUGUAUGUUCCAGAGGCCCAACGGUGAGGACAUGGAGCUGUUCCAGGUGCAGGUGCUCAUGAUGCCACCUAAGAUCGAACAUCUGGCCACAGCUCAGAAGAGGGUGACCUCCGGGGAGAACUUCCAGGUGGACUGUGUUGCCUCAGGCCUCCCUGACCCAGAGGUGUCCUGGAGCCUCCCUGAUGGAACCUUGAUCAACAACGCCCUACAGUCGGACGACAGCGGCACCCGUUCUCGCCGCUAUGUCAUCUUCGGGAAUGGAACACUGUUGCUGCAGCAGAUGGGAAAGAAGGAUGAGGGGGACUAUACAUGCCAUGCUAAGAAUGAACUGGGGGAGGAUGAGAUGAAGGUGAGCAUCAAAGUAGGCCCUGACUUCCCCAGAAUCACAUCCAAGGCUCAGCUGUUGCUCACGGCCCGACUAGGAGAGUCUGCCUAUAUGACGUGUCAGGCAACUGGGGAGCCUCCACCAACCAUUGUGUGGCUCUCCCCAAGCAAUGACGUCAUCACAUCCUCUUCAACCAAAUACCAAACCUUAGAUGAUGGGACUUUGGUGAUAAAGAAGGUGACUUUGGCCGACCAAGGGAAGUAUGCUUGUGUGGCAAGGAGUUCUGCUGGGGAUGACAUCAAGAACAUUAAGAUACAAGUAGAACCAAGAGAGCCACACAUCAAUGAACAAGGUGGAAGAAGCAGUAUGAAAGUGUUGGCAGUAUCUUAUCAGACAACACUGCUCGACUGCAGAGCGGAAGGCAAGCCUGAGCCACACAUUUCCUGGGCCGCACCCUACGGCCUCUCUCUGCCAACACCUUACCUGGGAGGACGCUUCCAAGUCCACAAGAAUGGGAGUCUAGAGCUACGUGGAGUGAGGAAGACAGACGAGGGUCAGUAUGUGUGUUUGGCCAAAAAUCACUUGGGAGAAGCAAGCCUGGCAAUUGAGCUUGAAGUGGCAUCCAUAGCAGAGAAGCCAAGCUUCGCCAUGCCGAACAUUGAGAUUUUACCAAUAAAACAAGAUGGAAGUGAUGUCACUCUGGAGUGUCCUGCCCGCGGUAAGCCAAACCCAGAGUUUGUUUGGAUCCUGCCAAAUGGCACAGCGCUGAUGCCAGGCACUAGACAUCAACACUUCACUCACUAUAGAGGAAACGGGACGUUGCGCAUCGACCAGCCAGUGACAGCUGACAAAGGGGUUUACCGUUGUCUGGCGAAAAACGUGGCUGGGACUGCAGAGAAGCGAUACGCUCUAGAACCAGGAAGAAAGCCUGUGAUUCGAGGCACAACAGGGAUCAUGAAGAUCACGUUUGGCCAAAUUCUGAACCUGCCGUGCUCUGUGGAUGGCUGGCCACAGGCCUCAAUCACAUGGACCCUACCAAACGGCCUGGUCCUGGACAAGCCCCAGGUUAUUGGGAGAAUUACAUUUUUAUCAAACGGCACACUUCAACUCAAAGAGGUCGCCACAUUUGACAGGGGAACCUACGUCUGCAAGGCCACCAACACAUUUGGGUCAUCUGCGUUGUCAUACCCAGUUGCAGUUAUGGUGUAUCCUCCAAGUAUCACAAACGCACCCCCUUCCAUCACUAGAGUCCACAGAGGUUCAUCAGUAACACUUAACUGCAUCGCUGCAGGCAUACCAAAGCCUGAGAUAACAUGGACUCUACCUGGAAGAACCACACUUGUUCCCAACAACCGUUUCACGGCACAGGGAGGAAUUCACAUGACGGUUGAGGGCAGCUUGGUCAUACAAGACCCAGUGCUUAUGAACUCAGGAAUUUACAAAUGCAAUGCAAAAAAUGCUCUAGGAAGUGACUUCAAAGCAACAUAUCUUCAGGUGAUCUGAGCCACAACAUAAGUCCCUAAUCUAAUCUGACAAUUACACUUGAAUGUAAAACUUAAUCCUCUAGAAUACCAUAUGUACAGUGUAUUUAUAUAACCUUACCAUUAAUGUGCAUAUUAUAUGAGGUAAAAUAGUGUGAACUCUUAUAUCACUAAUAAGGAAAGGAGAAAAAGGUCUGCUUUAAUUGUUGGCAGAAAUAUAAGCAUAUAAAAACAUAACAGAUGUGACUUAGGGAAUGCUCUCUUUUCUUUGAAUUUAUAAAUAUUCCUGUAUGUAAAUAUCUAAUUAUACUGUGUUGACUGAA